AUGGCAGAGAAGAGGAGAAGCUCGCCCUGCAGCAUGCUGAGCCUGAAGGCUCACGCUUUCUCUGUGGAAGCGCUGAUCGGCGCGGAAAAUCAGCAGCAGCAGCAGCUGCAGCAAUUGCAGAAGAAGCGGAGAAAGCUGGGCGGAGACGACGCCGCGACCGCCGCAGAGGUAGGCGGUAGCAGCAGCGGCGGUGGAUGCGAAAAGAGCUCGGUGGAGGAAGCCGAAGGCGCCUCUGUACCGCCGCCUCCAGGGGCCGGAGCAGGGACUGGCGCGGGGUCCCUGUCUGCCCGGAGCUGCGCGGAGAUGGAGCGGACCUGCGGUUCCCGAGGACCUGCCGGAGGCUGUGAAGAUGGUUUCCAGCCGGGAGCCUCCCCAGCUGUGUCCCCGGGAACCUCUCCGAAAGGAUCCCCAGUUCCUCCGCCUGCCCCAGUCCCGGUACUGCCUCAGGCUGGGUCCCCAUUACCCUCCCCGCAGGCACCCCGGGUGGAUCUUCAAGGCGCAGAGCUUUGGAAACGCUUCCACGAGAUCGGCACAGAGAUGAUCAUCACCAAGGCCGGCAGGCGGAUGUUUCCUGCUAUGAGAGUGAAGAUCUCUGGUCUAGACCCACAUCAACAGUAUUAUAUUGCAAUGGACAUUGUGCCAGUGGACAAUAAGAGAUACAGGUAUGUUUAUCACAGCUCCAAAUGGAUGGUAGCAGGUAAUGCUGACUCACCUGUACCACCCCGAGUUUACAUCCAUCCUGAUUCACCAGCUUCAGGGGAGACUUGGAUGCGGCAGGUGAUUAGCUUUGACAAGCUGAAGCUUACCAAUAAUGAGCUGGAUGACCAAGGACAUAUUAUUCUUCACUCUAUGCACAAAUACCAACCACGGGUGCAUGUCAUUCGCAAAGACUGUGGAGACGAUCUUUCUCCUGUCAAGCCUAUUCCAUCUGGGGAAGGGGUUAAAGCAUUCUCAUUUCCUGAAACUGUCUUUACCACUGUCACUGCCUACCAGAAUCAGCAGAUUACACGACUGAAAAUUGACAGAAACCCCUUUGCCAAAGGAUUUCGAGAUUCUGGCCGUAACCGAAUGGGUUUGGAAGCUUUAGUAGAGUCAUAUGCAUUCUGGAGACCCUCCCUAAGGACUCUCACAUUUGAAGAUAUCCCGGGAAUACCCAAACAAGGAAACACAAGCUCAUCUACCUUACUUCAAGGUUCUGGCAAUGGAGUUCCUACCACCCACCCUCAUCUUUUAUCAGGUUCUCCUUGUUCUUCUCCUGCCUUCCAUCUUGGGCCAAACACGAGCCAGCUAUGCAGCCUGGCGCCUGCUGAUUAUUCUGCCUGUGCCCGUUCAGGCCUCACCCUCAACCGGUACAGCACCUCUCUGGCUGAAACCUACAACAGGCUCACUAACCAGACCAAUGAGACCUUUGCCCCACCAAGGACCCCUUCUUACGUUGGAGUUACCAGCAGUACGACCGUGAACAUGUCCAUGGCUGGCAAUGAUGGAGACACAUUCAGUUGUCCACAGACCAGCUUGUCUAUGCAAAUUUCAGGGAUGUCUCCCCAGCUCCAGUAUAUCAUGCCUUCACCAUCUGGCAAUGCCUUCGCCACCAACCAGACCCACCAGGGCUCUUACAACACUUUCAGGUUACACAGCCCAUGUGCUUUGUAUGGAUAUAACUUCUCCACAUCCCCUAAAUUGGCUGCCAGUCCUGAGAAAAUUGUUUCUUCCCAAGGAAAUUUUUUGGGGUCCUCCCCGAGUGGGACCAUGACUGAUCGGCAGAUAUUGCCUCCUAUGGAAGGAGUGCACUUGUUGAGCAGUGGGGGUCAACAGAAUUUCUUUGACUCUAGGACCCUAGGAAGCUUAACACUGUCAUCAUCUCAAGUGUCUGCACAUAUGGUUUGAUGGAGCCUUUAAUCAAAAUGUAAUUUUUUUCUAGUAUAUUUUCUAUUCUUAGCUGUAUGGAAGGACAAUCAUUUUGUGACUUGUAUAAUGUGUAUAUAA